CUGUCAGUGUAUAAUAAUAUAAUACAGAGCGGUGUGUAAUAAUAUAAUGUAUUGUAUUGGCUGUCAGUGUGUAAUAAUAUAAUAGAGAGCGGUGUGUAAUAAUAUAAUGUAUUGUAUUGGCUGUCAGUGUGUAAUAAUAUAAUACAGAGCGGUGUGUAAUAAUAUAAUGUAUUGUAUUGGCUGUCAGUGUGUAAUAAUAUAAUACAGAGCGGUGUGUAAUAAUAUAAUGUAUUGUAUUGGCUGUCAGUGUGUAAUAAUAUAAUACAGAGCGGUGUGUAAUAUUAUAAUAUAUUGUAUUGGCUGUCAGUGUGUAAUAAUAUAAUACAGAGCGGUGUGUAAUAAUAUAAUGUAUUGUAUUGGCUGUCAGUGUGUAAUAAUAUAAUACAAAGCGGUGUGUAAUAAUAUAAUGUAUUGUAUUGGCUGUCAGUGUGUAAUAAUAUAAUACAGAGCGGUGUGUAAUAAUACAAUAGAGAGCGGUGUGUAAUAAUAUAAUGUAUUGUAUUGGCUGUCAGUGUGUAAUAAUAUAAUACAGAGCGGUGUGUAAUAAUACAAUAGAGAGCGGUGUGUAAUAAUAUAAUGCAUUGUAUUGGCUGUCAGUGUGUAAUAAUAUAAUAGAGAGCGGUGUGUAAUAUUAUAAUAUAUUGUAUUGGCUGUCAGUGUGUAAUAAUAUAAUACAGAGCGGUGUGUAAUAAUACAAUAUAUUGUAUUGGCUGUCAGUGUGUAAUAAUAUAAUAGAGAGCGGUGUGUAAUAAUAUAAUGUAUUGUAUUGGCUGUCAGUGUGUAAUAAUAUAAUAGAGAGCGGUGUGUAAUAAUAUAAUAGAGAGCGGUGUGUAAUAAUACAAUAUAUUGUAUUGGCUGUAAUAAUGAUUGAUUCCCUCUGAUUGCUGUUUGAUAUGAUUUUUAUUUCCAUGAACAAAGCCGGAAGUAGUUUGGGGUCUCCAUGGUUCCCGCCGGAAGCGGAAGUGUCUGAACAGGAAGUGCCGGGUGUCGCACGCUGUGACCGGCAUGGCGGGGAGUGAGGGAGACAAACGGCGCCGCAACAUGAAACCCAGGGGCCCCGGCCAGCAGAACCCAGGGGCCCCCGAGCCCGGCCAGCAGAACCCAGGGGCCCCCGAGCCCGGCCAGGAGCCGCACGAGUCCGCCUUCCCCCCCACAUUCAGCGUGUCCCAGAUAAAGAACAAACAGCGCAGACAUUUCAUGUUCAUCAGACUGAAACAGGAGAGACGGAAGGUGGGUGAUAAUAACAAUAAUAAUAAUCAUAAUAAUAAUCAUACUGUGUGAUAAUAACAAUAAUAAUAAUCAUAAUAAUAAUCAUACUGUGUGAUAAUAACAAUAAUCAUAAUAAUCAUACUGUGUGAUAAUAAUAAUAAUCAUACUGUGUGAUAAUAAUAAUAAUCAUACUGUGUGAUAACAAUAAUAAUCAUACUGUGUGAUAAUAACAAUAAUAAUCAUACUGUGUGAUAAUAACAAUAAUAAUCAUACUGUGUGAUAAUAACAAUAAUAAUCAUACUGUGUGAUAAUAACAAUAAUAAUCAUACUGUGUGAUAAUAAUAAUAAUAAUAAUCAUACUGUGUGAUAAUAAUAAUAAUCAUACUGUGUGAUAAUAAUAAUCAUACUGUGUGAUAAUAAUAAUAAUCAUACUGUGUGAUAAUAAUAAUAAUCAUACUGUGUGAUAAUAAUAAUAUUCAUACUGUGUGAUAAUAAUAAUAAUCAUACUGUGUGAUAAUAAUAAUAAUAAUAAUCAUACUGUGUGAUAAUAACAAUAAUAAUCAUACUGUGUGAUAAUAAUAAUAAUAAUAAUCAUACUGUGUGAUAAUAACAAUGUAAUCAUACUGUGAUAUGUAUAAUAAUAAUCAUACUGUGUGUGAUAAUAUGUAAUAAUAAUCAUACUGUGUGAUAAUAAUAAUAAUAUCAUAUAUUAAUGAUAAUAAUAAUAAUAAUCAUACUGUGUGAUAAUAUAAUAAUAUCAUACUGUGAGUAAUAAUAAUCUACUGUGUGAUAAUAAUAAUCAUACUGUGUGAUAAUAACAAUAAUAAUCAUACUGUGUGUGAUAAUAAUAAUAUCAUUCUGUGUGAUAAUAAUAAUAAUCAUACUUUAUUGAUAAUAAUAAUCAUACUGUGUGAUAAUAAUAAUCAUACUGUGUGAUAAUAAUAAUCAUACGUAAUAAUAAUCAUACUGUGUGAUAAUAAUAAUCAUUCUGUGUGAUAUGUAAUAAUCAUACUGUGUGAUAAUAAUAAUCAUACUGUGUGAUAAUAAUAAUCAUACUGUGUGAUAAUAAUAUAAUCAUACUGUGUGAUAAUGAUAAUCAUACUGUGUGAUAAUAAUAUAUCAUACUGUGUGAUAAUAAUAAUAAUCAUACUGUGUGAUAAUAAUAAUCAUACUGUAUGAUAAUAAUCAUACAACAGUGAUAAUAUGUAAUCAUACUGUGUGAUAAUAAUAAUCAUUCUGUGUGAUAAUAAUAAUAAUCAUACUGUGUGAUAAUAAUAAUCAUACUGUGUGAUAAUAAUAAUCAUACUGUGUGAUAAUAAUAAUCAUACUGUGUGAUAAUAAUAAUCAUACUGUGUGAUAAUAAUAAUCAUACUGUGUGAUAAUAAUAAUCAUUCUGUGUGAUAAUAAUAAUAAUCAUACUGUGUGAUAAUAAUAAUCAUACUGUGUGAUAAUAAUAAUCAUACUGUGUGAUAAUAAUAAUAAUCAUACUGUGUGAUAAUGAUAAUCAUACUGUGUGAUAAUAAUAAUAAUCAUACUGUGUGAUAAUAAUAAUAAUCAUACUGUGUGAUAAUAAUAAUCAUACUGUGUGAUAAUAAUCAUACUGUGUGAUAAUAAUCAUACUAUGUGAUAAUAAUAAUAAUCAUACUGUGUGAUAAUCAUACUGUGUGAUAAUAAUAAUAAUCAUACUGUGUGAUAAUAAUAAUCAUACUGUGUGAUAAUAAUCAUACUGUGUGAUAAUAAUAAUAAUCAUACUGUGUGAUAAUAAUAAUAAUCAUACUGUGUGAUAAUAAUAAUAAUCAUACUGUGAUAAUCAUCAUACUGUAAUAAUCAUCAUACUGUGUGAUAAUAAUCAUCAUACUGUGUGAUAAUAAUAAUCAUACUGUGUGAUAAUCAUAAUCAUACUGAGAUAAUCAUAAUCAUACUGAGAUAAUCAUAAUCAUACUGAGAUAAUCAUAAUCAUACUGUGAUAAUCAUAAUCAUACUGUGUGAUAAUAAUCAUCAUACUGUGUGAUAAUAAUCAUCAUACUGUGUGAUAAUAAUAAUAAUAAUCAUACUGUGUGAUAAUAAUAAUAAUCAUACUGUGUGAUAAUAAUAAUAAUCAUACUGUGUGAUAAUAACAAUAAUCAUACUGUGUGAUAAUAAUAAUAAUCAUACUGUGUGAUAAUAAUAAUAAUCAUACUGUGUGAUAAUAAUAAUAAUCAUACUGUGUGAUAAUAAUCAUCAUACUGUGUGAUAAUAAUCAUCAUACUGUGUGAUAAUAAUCAUCAUACUGUGUGAUAAUAAUCAUCAUACUGUGUGAUAAUAAUCAUCAUACUGUGUGAUAAUAAUCAUACUGUGUGAUAAUAAUCAUACUGUGUGAUAAUAAUCAUACUGUGUGAUAAUAAUCAUACUGUGUGAUAAUAAUAAUAAUCAUACUGUGUGAUAAUAAUAAUAAUCAUACUGUGUGAUAAUAACAAUAAUCAUACUGUGUGAUAAUAACAAUAAUCAUACUGUGUGAUAAUAAUAAUCAUACUGUGUGAUAAUAAUAAUAAUCAUACUGUGUGAUAAUAAUAAUAAUCAUACUGUGUGAUAAUAAUAAUAAUCAUACUGUGUGAUCAUCAUACUGUGUGAUAAUAAUCAUCAUACUGUGUGAUAAUAACAAUAAUAAUCAUACUGUGUGAUAAUAAUAAUCAUACUGUGUGAUAAUAACAAUAAUCAUACUGUGUGAUAACAAUAAUCAUACUGUGUGAUAAUAAUAAUAAUCAUACUGUGUGAUAAUAAUAAUAAUCAUACUGUGUGAUAAUAAUACUGUGUGAUAAUCAUACUGUGUGAUAAUAAUAAUAAUCAUACUGUGUGAUAAUAAUAAUAAUCAUACUGUGUGAUAAUAAUAAUAAUCAUACUGUGUGAUAAUAAUAAUCAUACUGUGUGAUAAUAAUAAUAAUCAUACUGUGUGAUAAUUAAUCAUACUGUGUGAUAAUAAAUCAUACUGUGUGAUAAUAAUAAUCAUACUGUGUGAUAAUAAUAAUAAUCAUACUGUGUGAUAACAAUAAUAAUCAUACUGUGUGAUAAUAAUAAUAAUCAUACUGUGUGAUAAUAAUAAUAAUCAUACUGUGUGAUAAUAAUAAUAAUCAUACUGUGUGAUAAUAAUAAUAAUCAUACUGUGUGAUAAUAAUAAUAAUCAUACUGUGUGAUAAUAAUAAUAAUCAUUCUGUGUGAUAAUAAUAAUAAUAAUCAUUCUGUGUGAUAAUAAUAAUAAUCAUACUGUGUGAUAAUAAUAAUAAUCAUACUGUGUGAUAAUAAUAAUAAUCAUAAUGUGUGAUAAUAAUCUUACACACCGGUCGCUCCUCCCAUACCUCGCCUAUAUGUCUAUCCUUACACUGGCUACCUGUAUCCUAUAGGUGUCAAUUCAAAAUACUAACCCUAACCUAUAAAGCUCUAACCAACUCUGGCCCCCCUUAUAUUGCUUCCCUGAUUCAUAGGUAUGCCCCUUCUCUUGUCCACUGCUCGCACCCUUGCUUUAACUCAGGCUUGCAGGACUGCUCGCGGGCGGCUCCCUUGUUUUGGAACAGCCUGCCCCCGUCAGACUCUCCCCUAGUCUUCAAGAAGUCCCUCAAAACACAUCAGUUCAGAAAUGCUUAUGGACUCCCAGAGUAAUUUUUCUUUACUUACCAAAGUCUGUCUCUUGCUCUCCUAAAGAGCCACACUCCAUUCAGCUCCAGUUACGCUACUUUUCCACCUUGUUUGGUGGCUGUCACCCUUGCUGCCCUGUUGUGUAUUUGUACCCCACCUCAUCUACACUGUAAGCUCGUUUGAGCGGGGUCCUCAGCUACCUAUUGUUCCUGUGUCACUAUGUAAAUGUCUCAUGUAUUGUAAAUUCCCCCCCCUCCCCCCUUUUAUAAUAUUGUAAAGCGCUGCGGAAUUAGUUGGCGCUAUAUAAAUACCAAUAAUAGUAAUAAAUAUAAAUAAUUGAGAUCCAUUGACUGGGGAAGGGGGGGAGGGGUCUAAUAUAUAUGUGACCAGUGGGUGGGAUCUAAUUCUAAUCUGUAUGGGACCCAGUGACGAGGGGGAGGGGUAAAAUAUAUAUAUAUGGGAGUUUCACAUGUCUUAGCUGAUUAAUCUGGUGGUACAUCGUGCAAACAGUGUCUCACAUAGUAGAAUACAGUACCAUGCUACAAGGCAUACUAUAUGUAUAUCUUAGGGUUCUUUGAUGUCCUGUCACGUGGAUGGCAGGGAUGGUUACCUGUGGCUACAUUGUACAAACAGUUUGUUUAGCGGUAUAUUUAUUUUUCUCUUGCAGGAGAAGCUCGCUGUUAAGAAGAAGCGUAAGAAGGAGAGGGAUGCGCUGGGAGACAAGGUAAUUCAUGGUAUCUUUAAACUGGAAUCUCAGUCCAGAAUCUCUACCACAUGUUAGUAGAGACCUUUAGUUUCACUCUAUUAAAAGUUAUUUAAAGAGGCCUAAGCACCAGAACCACUAAAACGCACUGUAGUGGUUAUGGAACCAGUUGUCCCCUGGCAUAACUUGUAGGUAUACUUUCAAACUGUUUGAGAAUGGUUUGCCACUUACCUGUCACUGGCAGGCCGCUGUGGUCCUUGCGGCCUAUGGUAACGCCGGACUUCCCACUGCUGCACUGUCAUACCGACUUAUACCAAGUUUCACCAUUAAUCAUUGGCUGAGAAUGACACAAAAAGUCCACUUUAAUGUUCUGUAGUGAUUAUGGUGCUUAGUGUCUCUUUAACAUAGUGUUUCUUCACGGUGAAAAGAACUGAUAGCAAUCUAAAAUUCCCACCCAAGUUGAGCCAUUUAAUUUUGUCGCUCAUUUAUGCAAAUUCUCGUACUGUUUUUUUUGAAAAUGUGAGAUACCUGUUAAGUUUCUACAUUUUAUUGCAAGCAUGUCAGUGCUAACUGUUUUUUUUAUAUCUCUCUCUCUUACCAAGGCUCCUCCAAAACCAGUCCCCAAAACAAUUGAAAACCAACGUAUUUAUGAUGAAACCACCGUGGACCCGACUGAUGAAGAGGUAAUGGAGGAAAGAUUCACCAUUUGGCAUGAAGUCAUUGUGUAGCUAGUAAUAACCUUGUAAAUGCACUUCAGCUCCAUCACUGGGUGUAAGACGCAUUCAGGGCCAGGUUGUUAAACUAAAAGUGGAGGUUAAUAAUUUGUGUGUAAUUACAGUGUGUAUAUAUGAUCCUUUCUGCGUUCUUAUUUCAGCAGUUUUUUUUGUGUUUAAAAACCCCAUAUUUCUGAGGAACUCAUUAUUCACUUCAUUUCAAGGAAGCCCCCAGGAACCAGCAACAUGUCGCUGGUUUCUGACAUUCGUACUCCAAUCUGGAAUCAGAGCCUGGCUGCAAAUUUGACAGUGUGUCUUGUUUUCUAAAGUAGCUACUUUACCUUUAAUUCCUUUAACCCUCUUGGUCUGAAUGUCAGUUAUACAUCAUUAUUAUCAGGCAAGGUAAAAUCCCCAGCAACUGGGUAUUCAGAAAACACACACAAAUCUUUUAAAUGAGAAGAAAAACAUAAUAUUGUGUGUAUGUGCGUGCAUGAUCUCUAUGGCUAUUCACAUUACUCAAAAUGGUUGAAAUGUUACAUUUAUUCCUGAUAUUCCCACAUGGAAAGUGAAAUAUGUAGAAAGUGCUGUUCUGGAGUAGAAUACGAAUACUAAAGGACCAGUCAUCUAAAUACCCAGCGUUAAGAUUAGAUUGCAGACCGAUAUCAAAUGGCUAAUUUUUUUUAAUUUGGAGAGCUCCCUCGUUGGAGACGUAUAAAGAGAGCAUGUUUUUGUAUUUAGAGUGCACCCACGAUGCAGACGGAUAUUGAAUGGCUGAAUUAUAAAAAAAAUAAAUAAUAAUAAUUCAAAGCUUUCACGUUGGUGACAGGUUAGAGUGCACGUUUCUGGGUUUCUCCCACAUUUGAGACUGGUAUAAAUAGCCCAUUUUUGUAUUUAGAGCGUUCCCACGUUAAGACAAAACAUAUAUUUUAUUUUUAUUCUCACAGGUGCAAUAUGAUGAGGCAACUGACGAAUUUGCUCCUUACUUUAACAAACAGUCAACUCCAAAGAUUCUGAUCACAACAUCGGACCGUCCUCGUGGGGUAAGAUCUCUGCAAUAAGCAGUAUUGUGGUGAAUGGAUUCCGGUAUGCACUGUUCUAUUUCCCGCUCACAUUAAAGGGACACUGUAGGCACCCAGACCAUUUCAGCACAUUGAAGUGAUCUAGGUGCACUGUCUGCAGUUCUUUAACCCUGCAAAGGUAAUUAUUGCAGUUUUUAAGAAACUGCAUAUUACCUUUCAGGGUUAGCUCCAACUCUUGUGGCUGCCUACCAGACAGCCACUAGAGGGACUUUCAGGUGGUUAGGUGACACUUGGUCGUCUAAGUGACACUAGACGUCCUCACAUUAUGCAUGGGGACUUCCAAAGUCAGCCAAAUACUAAUUGGAAAGCAUUUUAUAAUGUUUUCUUAUGGGGAAGUCCUAUCUUGAGCUCGGCCAUUGCCGCACAUGCGCAUUAGGUCUCCCCCGGCCAGCUAAUGUCGGUGGGGGAGGAGCGAAGGCAGACCAGAGUCAGCACUGGAUCCAGGUAAGUUACAGUAGGGGUUUCCCUUUAGUGUAAACAAUAAAGUCGUCUGGUCGUCACUCUGCACUUGUAAACUGUUAUCCUAUUUUAUGAACUGACAUGAAACGUGUUGUGCUCUGGUUGCUGGAAUAACAUCUAUCCUGACAGUAAAGCAAUUCUGACAUUAGGAAAACAGCCCUCAUGCCCCGUGAUGUCACGGUAUGAGAACUGAGAAGUAAGAUUCCUGGAUUUCAUACCGAUAGGGCUUGGAGUCGUGACUUGAAGAAGCACCUCCUUCGAAUUAUUAUGCUGCGGGGUCGAACUGCAGGCACUAUGACUACCUCAUUAAAAAAAGGGAAAGUUCCUCUUUUAAAGGACCACUCUAGGCACCCAGACCACUUCAGUUUAAUGAAGUGGUCUGGGUGCCAGGUCCAGCUAGGGUAAACCCAUUUUUUUAUUAAAAAAAAGCAGAGAAACUGCUAUGUUUAUAAAUGGGUUAAUCCUUCCCCCAAAGCCUCUAGUGGCUCUCUCAUUGACAGCCUCUAGAGGCGCUUGCGUGAUUCUCACUGUGAAAAUCACAGUGAGAGCACACAAGCGUCCAUAGGAAAGCAUUGAUAAUGCUUUCCUAUGCGACCGGCUGAAUGCGGGCGCAGCUUUUGACGCGCGUACGCAUUCAGCCGACGAGGAGGAGGAUCGGAGGCGGAGAGCUCUCCGCCCAGCGCUGGAAAAAUGUAAGUUUUACCUCUUUUCCCCUUUCCAGAGCCGGGCGGGAGGGGGACCCUGAGGGUGGGGGCACCCUCAGGGCACUAUAGUGCCAGGAAAACGAGUGUGUUUUCCUGGCACUAUAGUGGUCCUUUAAAUUUUCUCCAAGGAAUAAAACAUUGAAAAUCGCCUAGGACUUGUGUUAACCUUUCUUUCAUGAGAUGCUCUUUUUUCAAUUUUUUUAUUUAUAUUAAAUAUUAGCAAAUUACUUCAUUAUCCAGUUCAGACAAGGCACAGCUGGGGCACACAUUGCAAAUGAAUAGGACAUAUCAUUGUUAUAAGCACUGCCCUUUACACCUGUCAGUCAGCAUACAGAGGAGAAAUUAAACCAGGCUAGAUGGGCCGAAUGGUUCUUAUCUGCCGUCACAUUCUAUGUUUCUAUGUUUCUAUGUUAAACAUUAAUUUCUUCUCCUGUAUGCUGUCAGGUGUAAAGGGGCAGCGCUUAUAACAAUGAUUGACAGGGAGCUAAGAUGGAGGUUGUUACGAUUGCCCCCGGUCUAGCCAGGGGGGUUGAUUGCUUGGAUGUCCUGGUUCCCGCUGUAGAGAGUCGAACGGAGGUCCUUCGGUAAUAAGCUGCAAGUGUAGAAUAUCCCAAACACGGUGUAAGCAUCAAUAUCCCGGAUCCCUACAACAUGAGUCGAGGCUGCACGUUGAGGGUCAAAACUAACUGGCUUUACUGGCACACAAACAUGGCAAUUUAUGCGAUUCCUCAGGUCCAAGGACAGCCCCCUGUGGACCUGAUGGAAUACAGGUACAGUACAAACAGGUAACCAAUCACAGUACAGUGUAUCAUUUGAAUUAGUACCCGCCCAGCUUGGAGAUAAUGAGGCCAACGGUUAUACAAUCUAAUUAUCUCCAAGCGCACAACAGACCACGUUUUAUUAUGCCUCAUAAAACUGUAUAAAAAUACAUAACUUUAACAUCAAUAGGGGAAAACAGUUAAUUCUACCAUUCAUUUAAUAGCUCGCGUUCGGGUACAUUAAACAUACGAAUGGCGCUCCAAUCCCACGAACAGAAUGAUCUAUUUCUGCCGUAUAAAGUCCAUUCGGUAUUUUGGAUCGUGAGUCCCUGAUGGCGGCCAUGUUUUUAGACGGUUUAACGAGCAGCGGGACCUCGCCCUCCAACUUAUGGAACUGAACUCGGGUAUAAGUUCAUGCGAAUCCCCGCUCUGUCUGGUAGUGGAACCCAUUCGGUACAUGAAUGAGGACCACCUGGUAGCCUGGUACUUGAGUUGGGGUUAACCGCAGAAACAGCAGGCUAAUUGCUGCCACACGACCCACUGUAGGGGUUCUCCGUUCGUGAGGUUAUUCGGUAGGUUCCCUUCGGUGAUUUGUGGGCGAACGUCGAUCCUCCUGGCCCGUCAAUUAGUCUGUGGUUAACCGCAGCCGCCUGGGUGGAUAAUGGGCGCCACACUCCGCUUGUCGGGUGGUCGACCGUUCGGUACUUUGCGGGGUGAAGAGGUUAAUUGGCAGCACACGCCAGCGUUUGGGGGUCUCUCGUUCGUAUCACGAAUGGGUCUUUAUAAGAAUUCGUAUAAUCCAUUCGUGUUUCCCUGGGUUAAACGUAUAGGGUUGUAACAGUAGCAACAUGUAAUAACAAAAAUGGAGUCAUUUCGAGUCUUUUGUAACAGAGGUGGCGCUCUCUAUGCUGACUGCCAGGUGUAAAGGGCGGAGCUUAUAACAGUGAUUGACAGGGAGCCAAGAUGGAGGUGGCUCUCUCUAUACCGACUGUCAGGUGUAAAGGGCGGAGCUAAUAACGAUUGACAGGGAGCUAAGAUGGAGGUGGCUCUCUCUAUGCUGACUGCCAGGUGUAAAGGGAGGAGCUUAUAACAAUGAUUGACAGGGAGCUAAGAUGGAGGUGGCUCUCUCUAUACUGACUGCCAGGUGUAAAGGGCGGAGCUUAUAACAAUGAUUGACAGGGAGCUAAGAUGGAGGCGGCUCUCUCUAUACUGAACAGGGACCACCCUGACAACUUAUUUAGAAUGUUGGUUCAGAACAUUUGCACCUUGUAAUAAGGUGUCAAAACCACAAACCACAAGGGAAGCCUCAGCGCGUGCCUCCACUGGGUGGUGGUCCGUUCGUUAUAUGAACGCCGUCCAAGGGGAGAAUUUGUGGAUUAAGCCAUUAAACAUAGCAGUUUCUCUGAAACUGCUAUGUUUACAGCAGGCAGGGUUAAUCCUAGAUGGACCUGGCACCCAGACCACUUCAUUGAGCUGAAGUGGUCUGGGUGCCUAUAGUGGUCCUUUAAGGCCAAAGCAGCCAAACUGGAAGCAUCGGAAAAAGAGAUAAAAACAGCGCUAAAUUGCCACAAUAAAAUUAUUAGGAAAGGCAGCACUCCUCAAAGGGGAGUCCCCAAUAAUCCCCUAAUGGUAACAGAUAGCAAAAACAAACAAAGAUAUAAGGAUGCGCCUAAAACUCCUACUUUCUACUUGAAGAAGCCUGUUAAGGCGAAACGCGUUUAGAUAUUUAUAGAUUUUGUUCUUAAUUUUAUAAUUAAGAUAUUUUAUUGGCAUAAAAUACUUUAUUGCCAUUUGCUUUCUCCUUUACUUGAUUUUACAUACAUUUUCUUUUAUUUGAUUUUACGUAUACGGCUCACCCUGCAGGAAGUGCAAUGAAUCCAUAGGUGGGGAUUAUACCACCUGAGCGCCUUCACUGAGCAGUUUUGAGUCUGCUCUACUUUACGUGUGUAGUAUACUUUACUUUCUUUUAAUUUUGGAUUACAUACAGUGAGCACUAUAUAUUUUAUUUCAUUUUUUCCUCUGGGUCGUAUUACGUCAAAUUGAACGCUGAACCCACGUCAGAUAUUCAACUAUCAAAAUUCACUCCAUAUAUCCUUGAAGUGGGGAUCAUUCCACUUUACGCGAGCAAUAUCAGAGCUGAUCCUAGCUCUGAAAAGUAUACGAUCCCAUCUACACCCUAAAGAAUAUUCCUUUACAAGUGGGACCUACCCUCACGGACUGUGAUAAGCCUAUUUUACUGGACUACUGUUUUAUUACUUAUUUUAUUUUGUAUUUUAUCUGACUAAUUUAGUCCUUUAUUUUAUCAUAAUUUUAAGUUUUAGGCGCAUCCUUUAUAUCUUUGUUUGUUUUUGCAAACUGGAAGCAUCGCUGACUUAGAUCAUUUUUUCAUUGUGGCUAUUUGGACAUUCAGUUUGAUUUCUCAAAUUAGUGAAUAAUCUUGUGUUUGUGAUAUUCACUACUCACAUUCUUUCAGAACAGCCAGAUUAUUCUAUAAGGUGAACAUUAGCCCUUUAAAAGGAAAAUUGAUUUAUCGUCUCUGUUUUGGGUUUGAAGGGUUGAUUAUUUCCAGAUUAGACCAUAAUGAUCUGUUUUAUUCUGUUUCAGAGAACAGUGAAGUUCACACAGCAAUUAUCCACCGUUAUUCCCAACUCCCACGUGUAUUACCGCAGGGGUCUGGCCCUGAAAAAGAUUAUCCCACAAUGUAUUGCCCGUGGUUUUACGGACCUUAUUGUCAUCAAUGAAGAUCGGAAAGUAGCGAGUAUCCUUUUCUGCAAUAUUCCAGUAAUUCUUACCAGAGUAAAAAUUUAUAAAACAGUCCACACAGUCCUAAAUCGUAACUUGUCCUCUGUUUGUGUCCCAUAUUAUACAGUGAUAGAUUUAUUAUAAAUAUAUUAUUUAGUGCCAGUAAAUGUAUUCUCCUGUGAGCUGGGAAACUAAAACUUUAUGUAAAUGGUUAAAGGGACGCUACAGUAAUCCAGACCACUUUAUCUUAAUGAUGUAUCUCAUAAAGUGGUCUGGGUGCAGUGUCCCUGUCCUUUUAACUUUACUAUGUUUAUAUUGCAGGGUUGAGCCCAAGUGGUUGGAGGGGGGGGGGUGGCUGGUGCAGUCUGUUGCUGUUGUCUUUCUUUUGGGCAGGUUAUAUUGCUGGUUACAGUGUGUUUAGAUUUUGUCAUUCUAUUCUGAGAACUUUUUGAUGUGUUUACUGCAUUUCCUUAGACCAAAAACUCUAGAUGGGCUUAUUCUGAGUCACCUACCUGAAGGGCCAACAGCUCAUUUUAAAAUGAGUAGUGUUCGAUUACGGAAAGAAAUGAAGGUAAGAUGUCACACAGUGAAGGGGUUUUAAAGGCGUGCUAUGAUGUCACGCAGUGAAGGGAUUUUGGAGGCGUGCUAUGAUGUCACGCAGUGAAGGAUUUUAAAGGCGUGCUAUGAUGUCAUGCAGUGAAGGGAUUUUAAAGGCGUGCUGAUGUCACGCAGUGAAGGAUUUUAAAGGCGUGUUAUGAUGUCACACAGUGAAGGGUUUUGGAAGCAUGCUAUGAUGUCACGCAGUGAAGGGGUUUUGGAGGCGUGCUAUGAUGUCACGCAGUGAAGGGGUUUUGGAGGCGUGCUAUGAUGUCACGCAGUGAAGGGGUUUUGGAGGCGUGCUAUGAUGUCACGCAGUGAAGGGGUUUUGGAGGCGUGCUAUGAUGUCACGCAGUGAAGGGGUUUUGGAGGCGUGCUAUGAUGUCACGCAGUGAAGGGGUUUUGGAGGCGUGCUAUGAUGUCACGCAGUGAAGGGGUUUUGGAGGCAUGCUAUGAUGUCACGCAGUGAAGGGGUUUUGGAGGCGUGCUAUGAUGUCACGCAGUGAAGGGGUUUUGGAGGCGUGCUAUGAUGUCACGCAGUGAAGGGGUUUUGGAGGCGUGCUAUGAUGUCACGCAGUGAAGGGGUUUUAAAGGCGUGCUAUGAUGUCACGCAGUGAAGGGGUUUUAAAGGCUUGCUAUGAUGUCACGCAGUGAAGGGGUUUUGGAGGCUUGCUAUGAUGUCACGCAGUGAAGGGGUUUUGGAGGCGUGCUAUGAUGUCACGCAGUGAAGGGGUUUUGGAGGUGUGCUAUGAUGUCACGCAGUGAAGGGGUUUUGGAGGCGUGCUAUGAUGUCACGCAGUGAAGGGGUUUUGGAGGCGUGCUAUGAUGUCAUGCAGUGAAGGGGUUUUGGAGGCGUGCUAUGAUGUCAUGCAGUGAAGGGGUAUGGAUGCGUGCUAUGAUGUCAUGCAGUGAAGGGUUUUGAAGGCGUAUUAUGAUGUCACGCAGUGAAGGGGUAUGGAUGCGUGCUAUGAUGUCAUGCAGUGAAGGGUUUUGAAGGCGUAUUAUGAUGUCACGCAGUGAAGGGGUAUGGAUGCGUGCUAUGAUGUCAUGCAGUGAAGGGUUUUGAAGGCGUAUUCUGAUGUCACACAGUGAAGGGGUAUGGAUGCGUGCUAUGAUGUCAUGCAGUGAAGGGUUUUGAAGGUGUGCUAUUUAAUUGAAACAUGUUAAAAUGCAACAUUAACAAAUAAAACAGCUAAAAUGUAAAACAAUAUCUUCAGCUGCAUAAUGUAUAAAACUAAUAUUCUAAACCUGAUGGGCUCCUAGUGAUCUUUGCAUCUGAUGCAUGGUUGCACUGCUUGGGGCCCUGGUAUGUAGGAUGGAAAUGAAAUCUGGAUUUACAAGUUUGCUAUUUAAAUUUUAAUAGAGGAAAGGAAAGGAUCCUACGGAGCACCAACCAGAGGUUAUUCUGAAUAACUUCAGCACCCGCCUGGGACACUCCAUUGGCCGCAUGUUUGCGUCACUUUAUCCACACGAUCCACAGUUUACGGGGAGACAAGUGGCGACUUUCCACAACCAGAGAGACUACAUCUUUUUCAGAUAUCACCGGUAUUUAUCAUGGAGAGCACAGUCUUUCUGAUCCUUUACAAAUAUCAGAAACCUUCACACCGCAUCCAAUAUUUUAGUUUUCUGUUGGCAGAGUGUGUUGUCUUCAUGUGUGCCGUAUUUGGAGCAAUUCAUUUCAUUUCCCCUCACUCUCACUCUUGGAGGUAUACUGAAAUGGAAUGACUGCAAAUAGGCGAGCUUUGAAUAAAAUCUGUGUGUCUGUGUGCGUGCAUUCAAAAUAAUGAAGAAAUCAAACCACCACUUUUCAGAACACUGUGAUAAAUAUCUCCAAUGUGUUGUCAUUAUCUGAAAAUAAUUUAGAUGAAGGGGUUUAGGUACUUAGAGCAUCCCAGAAACUCCUGCUGGUAAGACUUUCAGGAUGAGUGUGUGUGAUCAGAGGGGGUUUCGUUGAACACGUUUAUGCCAUUAUUUUAUUGUUUCUUAUUGCUGUAUAUUGCCAAUGAGUGGAUUCCUCUCUUUCUUUGACAGGUAUAUUUUUAAAAGUGAGAAGAAAGCAGGUAUUCAGGAACUUGGCCCUCGAUUUACACUGAAACUUCGAUCGCUUCAGAAAGGGACAUUUGACUCCAAGUAUGGGGAGUAUGAGUGGGUCCACAAGGUACAGUAUAGCAGGGGUGUGAUCCUGGUUGUCUGUAUACUUACACAAUCUGUAUUAUAGAAAGGAAAGUGUGAAACACAUUGUUUGAAGCGCUGACAUUUUAAGUUGCUCGCUACUAACUAUUAUUAUUUUUCCAGCGGCAUGAAAUGGACACAAGUCGAAGGAAGUUCCACCUAUAAAAGGCCCACGUCUGCGUCGCACAUCAGUAAAUGUGGAAUGAUAUGGAUUUAGUUACUGGGAGUUAUGGAUACAUUCCCCAAAUUGUUUGCUCUGUUUUGUUCUGAGGCCCUUCCUGCUUUUGAAGUAAAGAAGCUUUCAUUAUAAUUUUACCUUGAUCAUCAGGCUGCAUAAUUAUUCGAGUGAAUGAGCAGUAAACCUGCCAUGAUGGCUUAAUGGAAUGCCUGUCAGCUCUGGGGUCUUCCUAAUGGGUUCACAUGGUAUUCCCAAUUUAUAACAUUGUCUCCCGGAGAUCCCCCAUUUGCCCAUAACAAUCUAACUCAGCCACCUUGAUGUCCGAGACAUGUGGACACUCCAGCUCAGUGUAUACCGAUUUAGAAAGUAACAAUGCUGGGUUUUACCCCCCCUGUUCCUGGCCUGACAUUGGUUUGAAUGGAAGAGAGAAUGUCACUUUAAUACAAUUUACACCACUGAAUAAACAAACCAAAAUAUCAGCCAGAACGUGUGAUAACCUUUCAUAAUGCUUUGUUGUCUUUUACUAAAUAUUGAAUAUAAAAUGUAAAUUACAUCAAAAUCCAGCCUAGGGCAAUAACUGCAAUCAUUGUUUCAUGCCUCCUGCAUGCUCUCUCUCUGCUGACUGCCAGGUGAUUGAUGGAAGGCAUACAGCUACAGGAUUUGAAUAUUUAAUUAGUAAUUCCUGUGAAUUGGCUCCGUUAGGAUGUAAACACGGGGAUCGCCUGUUUAUUAAAUGCUUGAUAAUAUCUGAGUGUUGU